UUAGUUAUAAAGAAAGAGGAAAUGACGUACUAUUGUGGCGGGACGUCUGAUUUGGAUUUGUAAACAUUGGUGGAGAACUUUUACAAAUGACUUAAUAGUUUAACUAAAACACAGAGAAUUUAACUUCGACCGUUUUUAAGAUAUCACGUUUGAAUUUAAAGAUUAACUAGACAAGAAGAAGCGUGUUGCAUUAAGUGUACAGCCAGUAAAUUUUCAGAUCUUUAUCAUUCUUCAUCUUUAACAUGGCAAUGCAACAAUCUCGUCAACAAGCCUCAGCACAAGCAGAAGAAACUGAAGAAACCUUUGGACCAUUGCCCUUAAAGCAAUUAGAGGCAAAUGGUAUUGGUGCAUCAGAUAUAAAGAAACUAGAAGAAGCUGGUUACUUCACAGUAGAGGCAGUGGCAUAUGCACCAAAGAAAAGUCUCUUAGCAAUCAAAGGAAUCAGUGAAGCCAAAGCUGAUAAGAUAUUGGCAGAAGCUGCUAAACUGGUACCUAUGGGUUUCACAACAGCAACAGAAUUUCAUCAGAAAAGAUCAGAAAUUAUUCAAAUCACAACUGGUUCUAAAGAGUUGGAUAAACUAUUGCAAGGUGGCAUAGAGACUGGGUCAAUUACAGAAAUAUUUGGAGAGUUUAGGACAGGUAAAACACAGCUGACCCACACAUUGGCAGUCACCUGUCAGCUUCCUAUAGAUAUGGGUGGAGGUGAAGGAAAAGCUUUAUACAUUGAUUCUGAGGGAACAUUUAGACCAGAAAGAUUGUUAGCUGUUGCUGAAAGGUAUGGUUUAUCUGGAAGUGAUGUUUUAGACAAUGUAGCUUAUGCUAGAGCCUACAAUAGUGAUCACCAAACCCAGCUGUUGGUACAGGCUGCUGCAAUGAUGUCAGAAUCUAGGUAUGCUUUGUUGAUAGUAGACAGUGCUACCUCUCUCUACAGAACAGAUUAUUCAGGUCGAGGAGAAUUAGCAGCUAGACAAAUGCAUUUAGCCAGAUUUCUGAGAAUGUUGUUGAGAUUAGCUGAUGAGUAUGGAGUAGCAGUGGUGAUCACCAAUCAAGUUGUAGCACAGGUAGAUGGAGCAGCAGCCAUGUUUGCUGCAGAUCCAAAGAAGCCUAUUGGAGGAAACAUCAUUGCCCAUGCUUCUACAACAAGAUUAUAUUUGAGGAAAGGUAGAGGAGAAACCAGAAUAUGUAAAAUAUAUGACUCACCCUGCUUACCUGAAGGGGAAGCAAUGUUUGCAAUUAAUCCUGACGGUGUUGGAGAUGCAAAAGACUGAGGGGCAUAUAAACGGGAGAAAUAAAGAAAUCGUCUGUGCCAAACUAGAUCAUAGUGCCGAAGUGAUGUUAUCACUAUCAACUAGUUGGAAAAGAGCUGUUUUGUAAGAUUGGGCAGCAUGACUUGAUUAUUGCAAGAUUGAAUGCUACUGUAUCAUGCUAUGAGAUGUAUUGAACAAAUCAUUAAAAUUAUUUAGUGAGAUGUACAAAAUAUUUUCAUGUUUACUUAAACUGUUAUACAUAAUAUUUUGUUUUCAUUAUAGACUGUGAGGUUUUCUAUUGUAAUUGUUUAUGACUUUUGUGAAGUAAGGAUAUUGUAUAUUGCUGUUGAUUGUGCCAUUAAUCCAUAAAUGUUUUUCCUUCUUUUAUCUAUCUGUAAAUGUUUCUCCCUCUUCCAUCUAUCUGAUAAAAUUUCUGAUGUAUUUAAUAACCAUAAUGUUACAAGAGUAAUUUACAAGGUAUUCAAACAUUCUCAUCCAGGAUUUAUAGAUUAAAUUCUAACACUUUGCAGGUCUAGGUUGUGAUAAGACCAUAUAUACUUUAAUCACUUGUAAAUCCUAAAUGAAUUAAAUCAUAAUUUAUCAUAUAGAUUAGCUGCUAAAAGUCAUUUAGAUAUUUUAGAAUUAUAUUUGAAUAGCUUUAUUGUGAAAAACUUUAUGACAUGUUCUUCUA